GCGGGGUGAGCGGAGCCGCAGAAGACUUGGUCCGGGAGCGUCCUGGCACUACCAGGUCUUAUAGGGCUGCAGCACGACAACUCCUCAGGCUGCCCUCAGAGGAGAGGAGAGGAGAGGAGAGGGGGGGAGAGGGUCACCCCUGGUGCUCUGUAUUGACCUCUAGCGCCUCCAGCCAGCCAUGGACGACAGCUCCUCACUGGGAAAAGUGAGCGGCUCCACUGAGUCUGUAGCCACCGUAACCAGUGAGGAGUUUGUUCUGGUUCAGCCCGGCGGUGCCGGCUCAUCUCCAGGCUCCGAGAGCAAGCCCAGGCUAAAGAUGUCGUUGAACGGUAGUGACCAGCUGGAGAAGGCUAUGGAGGAGGUGUUGGAGGAUGAAGAUGGGGUGAAUGAGGAGAAGAGCAGUUUGGAGGACAUGGAGAAGCAGAAGAAGCCUGGGGCUCCUGGGGCCCAACUACAGGGCAUGCUGCUGGAUUCCAGUCCACCCGAGGUGUCAGCAGGCCAAGCUUUGUCCAGCCCGGUGAUGCCAGAGGAGGACAAUGUCCAGUUCUCCAAGCUGUCCUACCUGGGCUGUACCUGGGUCAAAGCCCCCCGCAACGAGCCCGAGGCCCAGAGAGCCAUGGCCACCCUGCGGGCCGAGAGCGCCGUCCCCAUCCCCGUCACCUUGCACGUACCCAACAGCCCUGAGGGCUGCGUCAGGAUCAUGGACCAGGCCACGGGGACAGAGAUCGCCUCCUUCCCCAUCUACAAGGUGUUGUUCUGCGCCCGUGGCAGGGAGGGUUCUCCGGAGAGUGACUGUUUCUGCUUCACUGAGAGCUACCGCAGCUCCGAGGACUUCCAGAUUCACGUCUUCUCCUGCCACAUCAAGGAAGCUGUGAGUCGAAUUCUCUACAGUUUCUCCACGGCAUUCCGCCGUUCCUCUCGUCCGGCUCCAGAUGUCAGAGAUUCUGCUCUGACCUCUACCACUAACAGUGACCUCUACACCUUUGCUGUCUCCCUGGAGGUCAAAGAGGAUGAUGGCAAAGGCAACUAUAGCCCCGUUCCAAAGGACCGAGACAAGUUCUACUUUAAACUGCGGCAGAGUGUUCAGAAGAAAGUGGUGGUUUCAGUUCAACAGAUGUGCAACAAGGAGCUGCACAUUGAGAGAUGUUUUGGGAUGCUGCUGAGUCCAGGUCAGAAGGUCAGAAACAGUGACAUGCAUCUCCUGGAUAUGGAGUCAAUGGGGAAGAGCUCAGAUGGGAAGGCCUACAUAAUCACAGGAACCUGGAAUCCCAACAUGGCCACCUUCCAGGCGCUGAACGAGGACACGCCCAAAGAUAAACAGGUGUAUAUGACAGUGGCAGUGGACCUGGUGGUGACUGAGGUGUUGGAGCCAGUCCGUUUCCUGAUGGAGGCCCUGGUCCGAGUCUACCCCUCCAACCAGCGCUUCUGGUACUUCAGCCGGAAGAGUUUCAGUGAGACCUUCUACCUGAUGCUCAGACAGCAGGGCACAGAGAAGGGAUCUCUGGAUGAAGCCGUGUAUGAGGUGGUCAGUCUCCAGAGAGAGGCAGAGAGGAGCAACGGAGGGAGAGAAGGGACCUCCCCUGAGGAAGAGGAGGCUGAGGAAGACAGCGACAGUGAGAUCUCAAGCGGCACAGGAGACGUGUCCAAGGAGUGUCCAGAGAAGAUUCUGGAGUCAUGGGGGGGAAUCCUGAAUAGAUGGCAUGGAAACCUGUCCACGCGACCAAAGGGCCUGUCCUCUCUGGUAAAGCCAGGGGUCCCUGAAGCUCUUAGGGCCGAGGUUUGGCAGCUGCUUUCUGGUUGCCACAGCGACCAACACCUGCUGGAAUGUUACCGGAUCCUCAUCACCAAGGUGACAGAACAUGCCUGCAGGGGUCCCAUCAGUACCCAUCAAUAUCCCUCAGUAACCAUCAAUAUCCAUCAAUACCCAUCAAUAUCCAUCAGUACCCAUCAAUAUCCAUCAAUACCUACAUCCCUGCCUUCAGUAUCAAUAACCCUCAAUACAGUGUCCGUGACUUCAGUAUCAGACUCAGUCCAGGAGGGCGUGAUCACCAGAGACAUCCACAGAACUUUCCCUGCACAUGACUACUUCAAAGACUCUGAUGGAGACGGACAGGACGCUCUUUAUAAGAUCUGCAAGGCCUAUUCUGUCUAUGAUGAAGAGAUUGGGUAUUGUCAGGGUCAAUCCUUCCUUGCUGCUGUACUUCUGCUACACAUGCCUGAGGAGCAAGCCUUCUGCGUGUUGGUGAAGAUCAUGUAUGAUUAUGGACUCCGAGAUCUCUACAAAAACAACUUCGAGAAUCUCCAUUGCAAGUUCUACCAGCUGGAGAGACUGCUGCAGGAACAGCUCCCAGACCUGUGGGCCCAUUUCCAGGAUCUGAACCUGGAGGCACACAUGUACGCCUCCCAGUGGUUCCUCACGCUCUUCACUGCCAAGUUCCCCCUCUGCAUGGUGUUCCACAUUACAGACCUGCUGCUGUGUGAGGGUCUCAACAUUAUAUUCAACGUAUCCCUCGCCCUCCUUAAGACUUCUAAAGAGGACCUCCUGCAGGCGGACUUCGAAGGUGCGCUAAAGUUCUUUAGAGUCCAGUUGCCAAAGCGCUACAGAGCUGCUGAGAACGCACGCAGACUAAUGGAGCAGGCUUGUAAUAUUAAGGUUCCCACAAAGAAACUGAAGAAGUUUGAGAAGGAAUACCAGACACUGAGGGAGAGCCAGCUCCAACAAGAGGACCCCAUAGACCGCUACCAGAGGGAGAAUCGGCGUUUGCAGGAGGCCAGCAUGCGACUGGAACAGGAGAACGAUGACCUGGCCCAUGAGCUGGUGACCAGUAAGAUCGCCCUGCGUAGCGACCUGGACCAGGCAGAGGAUAAGGCUGAUGUUUUGAACAAGGAGUUGCUGAACACCAAACAACGUCUGGUGGAGACGGAGGAGGAGAAGAGGAGGCAGGAGGAGGAGACGGCGCAGCUUAAAGAGGUGUUUCGAAGAGAACUGGAGAAGGCGGAGUCAGAGAUAAAAAAAACCACCGCCAUCAUAACAGAAUACAAGCAGAUCUGCUCCCAGCUCAGCAGCCGGUUGGAGAAACAGCAGGCAGACACCAACGAGGAACUGGACAUUGUCAGGGGGAAGGUGAUGUCCUGUGAGAGCUGCAGGGAGAUGUUCAGCUCAGAGGGGCCCCUGCAGUGUGUGGCCCCCGGUGGGGAAGAGGGGGGGACCAGCAAGCGGCGGGACGAGGAGAAGGAGGUGCUCAGAGGGCAGCUGAGAGAACUUGAGCUGGAACUCGCCCAAACCAAACUGCAGCUGGUGGAAGCCAAGUGUAAAAUCCAGGAGUUGGAGCACCAGAGGGGCAUCCUGAUGACAGAGAUCCAGGCUGCCAAGAACUGGUGGUUCAGCAAAACGCUGGGCUCCCUGAAGAGCUCCACCACCGGUAGUGGCUCUCAGUCCCAGACACCCUCCUCCCCGAAGGAAGGCCCUGCCUAGUCCCCCUGUACAACGCCAACCACCGCUCAGUCGUUCCACUAGAGGGCGACGUGAAGAAUGCAGUUUUCCUUUUCCCACUACGUGCAGGAGGUAUGAGGGGCAGGACUAGCUGGCCUGUUUGACUAUGAAUGGCUGAAAAUUAAUGGGCAGGGCUUACGCCAGCCUCAGUCCAGGACAAGCUUCUUCACGCUCACAAGCUCUGCCCACUACGCUUAUGGACCAAGCACCUGUCAAUCACUUGUGUUUCAGUUUGAUUAGACUUAAAUGUCGCCUGUGAGCUCUUGCUGGUGGGUUGUCAUGGAGGUUCGAUGGCUGAUCGGCUGCUCUUCACUCCUGCUGUGGUUUAGGAAGAUGACACAACACACAGGAACAACCCUCAUGAGACAAACUCUCGACAUCUCCUCCCCCUUGUGGCCAAACAGUGUUGUUGCUGAGUGGUAGCCAUCUAGCUGUGGAAAGGAAGUGACCCUACUGGCUCUCCGUCACAGAGAAGCACCAGCUUCUGAAAGGGGAAACUGCAUUCAACAUAGAAAUCUUAUAUUUCUUAUGGUAACAAGUGGUCAUAUCUAUAACAAAUUAAUCUUUUUUUAAUCUUGUACAGUUUAAAAGGCAAAAAGCUCUUUUUCUUUGUUAAAUUUCUUUUUUUUUACUUUUUGGAAGUUGGUUAUUGUUUCUGUAGAUGUUGACAUAAUGAAGCAGUGUUGGAAGGUUCUGGUCAAGUCCAAAUGCUGAAGCAUUGCACACCCCAACCAAUAACCCCAACACCCCCCAAACCUCCAAACCCUCAGCUACGGACCCCCGGAUCGCCACCGUACAUUUCAGAUCUCAGUGAGAGCGUCAUUGAGCUGGGAAGGUGUUUAGCUGCUGUCCUGCAAUUACAGAGUCGGACUAAGCCGACCUGAUCCUUCUGGCUUCAUAUCUGAUCAUUUAGAAAUACCCAGUCAGCAUCAUCUCGCGCCACACCUGGGAGAACUCACUCUGUGUUGUAUGAAUAGUCCUGUGUAGCUGCAUGCUAGCUUGUUUUGUGUAAGUGGGGCUGAUGUGGUCCUUCGUGAGAUGUUUGGUGAUGUCAUGAGGUUAGUCACACUUCCAGAAACCAUCUUAGGAGAACACCCAGGAGAUGACAGCUGAAGUUGGACCAUGGCCAUGUCUUAACUCCAGGUCUAUAAAUCAUUGACUGUGAGAGUAAGGUUGUCAUGGCAACGACCACAUCGAGGAUGCCAUAGAAUCAGCCUUAUCUGUAGAAAAGCACAAUUUUUCAUCAGUAAGACAAAGUUCUACAACUGCACCACAACAGCCAUGACAGUUAAUAUGCGCAGCUGCCGACACUGAGCACACACGACUCCAAAACUAGAAACCGACACAAGCCUUUGGACUUGGACCAGGACCGCGUGUACAUGUACGUGUAUGUG